AUGUCAGAGUCACCGCUUUCGUCGCUGGACGGCAAACCUACAGCAGCGCAUGUGGCCAACACUGCGCCCGUAACGGCAACUGCAACCGGGCUGCUGGAGAAGAAACAUUCGUCUGGGUCUUCUCCAUCGUUCGCAGACUCGGAGAAGAUCGGAGCCGGCGCAGACGCCGACUCCGCGGAUAACGUGCUGGCGGAAUACUCCGAGGAACAAGUGAUGAAUAUGGGACGUGCUUUUGCCCGCAAAUACGAAUUACCCAAUGAAGACGAUAUGUUCGGAAAAGCGGCCGCUUUGGCCCGUCAGCCAGAACGCUACGACCACAUGUCGUUUCUUACGGAAGAGGAGCGGCUCGCGUGCUACGACGAGGAACACAAGCCCUUUGCCAAUAUGCCCCGCAAACUUAUUGCCAUAGUGUGUGCGUCGGCCAUGGGAGCCGCCGUACAAGGCAUGGACGAGACCGUGAUCAACGGUGCUCUUUUAUUCUACCCAAAAAACCUGGGGCUGGGUGCCCCAACAGACCGCAAUGAUUGGCUACAAGGUCUUGUUAACGGAGCUCCGUACUUGUGUUGCGCGGGUGUUUCGUGCUGGAUGACCGACUGGCUCAAUAAUCUAAUGGGUCGCAAACGGGUCAUUUUCGUGACGUGUUUGAUCUCCGCUAUAACGUGUUUGUUACAGGCGUUUGCGCCCACGGGCGAACGCGGCUGGCACUAUCUGUUUGCCAUGCGGUUUCUUCUGGGGCUCGGCAUCGGACCCAAGUCUGCGACCGUGUCUGUGUAUCUGGCUGAAUGUUCCACUAAGAAACUGCGCGGGAUCAUCUGCAUGAACUGGCAAACGUUCACCGCGUUCGGCAUUAUGUGGGGGUACGUGUUCUCGCUGAUCUUCUACCGCGUUGGAAGCGGCGCCGUGCACGGCGGUCUAAACUGGCGGCUAAUGCUGGCGUCUGCAAUGCUUCCUGCAAUCGCCGUUCUCGUGCAGAUUCCCUGGUGCCCAGAAUCUCCGCGGUGGCUGAUGGGGAAAGGCCGUUAUCGCGAGGCUUACGAAAGCACCGUGCAGAUCCGUGCGCAUCGCAUUCUCGCGUGCCGCGACCUGUUCUACCAGCACGUCCUGCUUCUAGAAGAAGGGUCGCUGCAGAAACCUUACUUUGCGCGUCUGGGCGAGGUAUUCACAGUGCGCCGCAACCGCAACGCGUUCAUCUGCGCGUUCAUCUGCGCGUUCAUGCAGCAGUUCUGCGCUAUCAACGUCAUUGCAUACUACUCUUCGGCGAUCUUCCUAAAGUCCGGGUUCACAGAGAUCUCGUCGCUGGCCGCGUCGCUCGGAUUUGGUCUGGUCAACUUCUUCUUUGCCAUCCCGGCCUUCUUCAUGAUCGACCGGUUUGGACGCCGGUUCUUACUGCUUAACACGUUCCCAUUAAUGGCGCUGUUUUUGUUUGUGACUGGAUUUGCGUUUUGGAUUCCUGGCCAACAAGCACGUGUGGGCGUGGUCUCAAUGGGCAUCUACGUUUUCUCUGCUAUCUACUCAUUUGGCUGCGGUGUCGUACCGUUUGUCAUUGCCGGAGAAGUGUUCCCAUUAUACGUGCGUGCUAUCGGUGCAUCACUUUUCACGAUCAUCUUGUGGGGGUUCAACUUUAUUUUGUCGGUCACGUGGCCCCGGAUGUUAAACGCACUACAUCCACAAGGCGCCUUUGGCUUUUAUGCGGGCUGGAACGUCAUCGGGUGGUUUUUGGUUUAUUUCUUCAUGCCCGAGACCAAACAAUUGACGCUGGAAGAGCUGGACGAAGUUUUCGACGUACCCCUCCGCACGCGUGUGGCCCACCAAUUUGGCCAGCUAUGGCCCGAUUUCCAAGAAUACGUUUUGCGUCGCAAAAACGUACCUCGCGCCCCACCUUUGGACCGUCACCACAGACUGGCCGUCAAAGCCAUGGAAUGGGACGAAAAGGCCAGCGUCGAGCAAGUGGAAAAGGCGUAA